UGUGGGGUGGAGCCAGUCUAGCUGCUGCACAAGCGGCUGGCUGCUCAGGGCUGCUCAGGGCUGCUCCACGUUUCUCCAGAGGGAAGGACAGAGACUGACAUGGAGCAGGGGAAGGGCCUGGCUGGCCUCACCCUAGUUAUCAUUCUUCUUCAAGGUACGCAUACUGUGGCCCAGUCAAAAGAAGAAAACCAUUUGGUAAAAGUGAAGGAAUAUCAAGAAGAUGGUUCAGUAUUUCUGACUUGUGGAUUGAAAGACAAAAAUGUCAACUGGAUUAAAGAUGGAAAGAUAAUCUCCGUAAAUACAAGUAGAAAAAUAUGGAAUCUAGGAAGUAGUACCAAGGACCCUCAAGGGAUGUAUUGGUGUCAAGGAUCAAAGGACACUUCAAAACCACUCCAAGUGUAUUACAGAUUGUGUCAGAACUGCAUUGAGCUCAAUGCAACCACCAUCUCCGGCUUUAUUUUUGCUGAGCUCCUCAGUGUUUUCUUCCUUGCUGUUGGGGUCUACUUCAUUGCUGGACAGGAUGGAGUUCGCCAGUCAAGAGCUUCAGACAAGCAGACUCUGUUGCCCAAUGACCAGCUCUACCAGCCCCUCAAGGAUCGGGAAAAUGACCAAUAUAGUCACCUUCAAGGAAACCAACUGAGGAAAAAAUGAGCUUGGAACUCAGAACAGGUGUCCUUCUAUCCAGUUUUCAGAAUGAAUGCAGUACAUUUUGGAGAGCUCUUAGCAGACAGACUUUCAACCCUAAACCUAAACUCAAGGUUCCCAGGGGUCACAAAUGGAGAAGAAAGGCCAUCAGAGCAAAUUUGGGGUUUUCUCAAAUAAAAUAAAAAAUAAAAACAAGAACAGUGUUUCAGAAGCUGAGAGGGAAAACUCAUAAAAGAAAAAUGAAAAGAUCAAGUGACUCCCAUUUGAAUACAAUUUUUUUUUUUUUGAGACAGAGUCUCAAGCUGUUGCCCUUGGUAGAGUGCUGUGGCAUCACAGCUCACAGCAACCUCCAGCUCUUGGGCUUAGGCGAUUCUCUUGCCUCAGCCUCCCAAGUAGCUGGGACUAGAGGCGCCCACCACAGCACCCGAAUAUUUUUUUGUUGCAGUUUGGCCAGGACCAGGUUUGAACCCGCCACCCUCGGUAUAAGGGGCCAGUGCUCUACCCACUGAGCCACAGGCACUGUCACCCAGAAUUGUUUUUAGUUUAUUUUUUCCUUUUUUUAGUUUAACUUUUCUGUAGUUUUUGUUUUGGUUUGGUUUGGUUUUGAGACAGAGUCUCAGUCUUUUGUCCCAGUAGAGGGCUGUGAUAUCAGCUUCGCUCACAGCAACCUCAAAUUCCUGGGCUCAAACCAUCUUCCUGUCUCAGCUUCCCAAGUAGCUGGGACUGCAGGCACCCCACACAAUGCUCAGCUAAUUUUUCUAUUUCUAGUAGAGAUCAGGUCUCACUCUUGCUCAGCUGCUCUCAAACUCCUGACUUCAAGGGAUCUUCCUGCCUUGGUGUCCCAGAGUGUUAGGAUUUCAGGGGUGAGCCACUGCACCAGGCCUUUGUUUAGAUUUUGCAUAAAUCAUAAUUCAGUGAAAAAUCUCCCUCUACCUCCAUCCCCAGCCAUGCAGUUGCCCUCUACAGAGACAAACUAGUUUCUUACAGAUAUUUCUGGAGGUAUUCUAGGCAUAUAUGAAUAAAUUCACAAGUCUAUAUUAUCCUCUCUCUUAUUUUUCAUACAAGUGAUAUUAUACCAUACAACUUGUACCUUUCCCCUAAUAAAACCUGAAGAUCAUUUCACACCAUAUAAAAAACUCCUUAUAUAAUGCUUUGUAUAGAUACACUAUAAUUUAUUUCACCUGUCCUCUAUUGAGAGCCAUUUAAAGUAGUUUUAACCUUUUGCUCUUACAAGAAUGCUACAAUGGCUAACAGUGUAUAUAUGUCUUGUUAAAAAGUAAUUGCAUUCAAGGCUAGGUGCAGUAGCUCAUGUCUGCAAUCCUAGAACUCUGGGAGGCCAAGGUGGGAGGUUCCCUAAAGCUCAGGAGUUGGAGACCAGCCUGAGCAAGAAUGAGACUCCUUCUCUACUAAAAAUCAAAAAAAUAGCCAAGAGUGGUGGCACAUGCCUAUAGUCCCAGCUACUCGGUAGGCUGAGGCAAGACGAUCUCUUGAGCCCAAGAGUUUGAGGUUGCUGCAAGCUAUGAUGACCCCAUGGCAAUCUACCCAAGGUGACAGAGCGAGACUCUGUCUCAAAAAAAAAAAAAUUGCAUUCAAAUAUAAUUUACAUGCCAUACAAUUCAUCCAUUUUAAGUGAUUCCUCCCUUUCUCGGUAACGUUUAGUAAAUUUGCCUAAUUGUACAACCAUCCCAUGAUCCAGUUUUAGGAUAUUUCCAUCAUAAGCAUUAAGAUCCCUCCCGCUGUUUGCAGUCACUUCCUGCUACCAUGCUCAACUCCAGGUAACUAGUAAUCUCUUCUGUCUCUUUAGAUUUUCCUUUUCUGGAUGUUUUAUAUAAAUGGAAUCAUACCAUAGGGAGUCUUUUGGAUUUGGGGGUGGGGGUUGUUGUUGUUGAGACAGAAUCUCACUCCGUCCCUGAGUAGAGUGCAGUGACAUCAUCAUAACUCAUAGCAACCUCAGACUCCUGGGCUAGGGAUCCUCCUGCCUCAGCCUCCAGAGUAGCUGGAACCAUGCACCCACCCUGACACUUGGCUGGAUUUUGUUUGUUUAUUUGUUUGUUUUUAUUAUUAUAUAUAUAUUUUUGACACAGAGUCUCAAGCCGUCGCCCUGGGUACAGUGCCGUGACAUCACAGCUCACAGCAACCUCAAACUCUUGGGCUUAAGCAAUUCCCUUGCCUCAGCUUCCCAAGUGCUGAGACCACAGGUGCCCACCACGACACUUGGCUAUUUUGUUGUUGUUGCAGUUGUCAUUGUUGUUUAGCAGGCCCAGGCCAGGUUGGAAACCACCAGCCUCAGUGUAUGUGGCUAGCGCCCCACUCGCUGAGCUAUGAGCGCCGCCUAUUAUUAUAUUUUACAGAGACGGGGGUCUCUAUAAAAGUCCCAGCAUAUGGGGUCUUUUGUAUCUAGGAUCCCUCACUUAGCAUGUUUUCAGCGUUCGUCAGCCAGUAGCAUAUUUCAGCAUUUUGUUUCUCUCUGUUGCUGAAUAGCGUUCUACUGGAUGGCUAUACCACAUUUUGUUUAUCCAUUCACCAGUCAACGAACAUUUGGAUUGUUUUCAGUUUUGGGCAACUAUAAAUAAUACCGCUAUGAACAUUCUCAUGCAAGUCUUUGGACAUGUUUUCACUUCUGGGUUAGAAGAGAAGUUAGGAAUAAAGAAGUGCUGGGUCAUACGGUAAAUUGAUGUUUAACUUUUUAAGAAACUGCCAAACUGUUUUCCGAACUAGCUAUAACCAUUAUCACAUUUCCAUGACCAGUGUGUAAGGGCUCUGCUUUCUCUGCAUUGUCACUGUUUUACUAUAGCCUGUUGUUGUUUUUUCCUUUUUACUUAUGGUUAGUUUUUCAUGCACAUUCUACAAGCAUUUCCAGGUAGUAGAAUUCACUGGUGUUCUAUGGCAUCUACGUUAUAUUUCAUAUUUUUAGAAAAGUCUCCCCCCACUUUAAAAUUAUUCUUUUUGAAAAGUUCUCCCGGGGGCGGCGCCUGUGGCUCAGUCGGUAAGGCGCCGGCCCCAUAUACCGAGGGUGGUGGGUUCAAACCCAGCCCCUGCCAAACUGCAACCAAAAAAUAGCUGGGCGUUGUGGCGGGCGCCUGUAGUCCCAGCUACUGGGGAGGCUGAGGCAAGAGGAUCGCUUAAGCCCCAGGAGUUGGAGGUUGCUGUGAGCUGUGUGAGGCCACGGCACUCUACCAAGGG